AUGACAUCAACAUCAACCUCAACAUUCCCCCUCGAAACCCUCCCAACCGAACUCCAAUGCGCCAUAAUCUGCUUCCUCGACCCGAUAGCGCUAGUCAGCCUGUCUCAAACAAACACCCACUUCCGCCAUCUCAUAGACCCAAGCCGCACACACUUCACCGAGCGUCUUCUCGCCCUCGAAUGCCGCGAGGCAGAAGGAGGCCCGCAGAUUAACUUCUCGCGCUGGGGAACCCUCGAUCCGGAUCGGAAUAGCCCGCAGUGGGAGGCGAAUCGAUGGGCUUGCACGAGCUGCCUCAAGCUCUUGCCGCAUUGUGCAUUUGAUAAUUGGGCGCUGUCGAGAAUCGGGUAUCGUAAGCCGAUUCAGGGGUCGGGGAUUGCGGAGGCAUGUACGACGUGGGAACCCACGGAAAACGCUAGACGAGCUGCUCAGAGUGCGAAAUUUUUGGCAUUGAUGCAUAGAGACCCCGCCCUUAGAAAGCGCUACGCGAUCAGCACGACGUGCAACUGGGGCCGGUAUCGACCAACGCCCCCGCACGGGAUGUCGCCCAACAUCGAACUCAUGCAACGACACCUCAAUUUCCAGGAAGAGGGGAUUGAGGAGGUUCAGGGUAUGACGUUCUCGGAGUUCGAGAAAGCAAGUGAGGACGGAAUCUUUGCCCGCGACGCCCGCGCCGUUGAGGUUCUCCGGGCGGGCGCGAACCGGCAUGUGCGCCGGUGCAUUGAGUGUCGGUUUCGACGGGGUGAAUUCCGGGGCUCAGCGGGGAGAGGGAGGGGGAUUGGGACGACGAGGGUGCCUAUUGUUGUUGGGAGACAGAAGUCCUUUGGGACGGUCAUCGAUCGGUAUUUCCCUGGUGUUUCGGACGUGCUGGAGAAUAAGCGUCCGGAUGUCAAGGCGCCUGUUUUCACGAUUUAUCGACAAGACUCGCUUGAUAAGCCGUGGACGCUUUAUCGGGUCCGGUGUCCAAAUUGCGAGAAAUGGAAGGAGCUCCGCGCUUUUAGGGUCGGGGGCGUUUGGCCACGCUGGAAACCGGUUGACCUUUCGGAUACGGCGAUGCAUGGCGAUGUUUAUCAGAACUGGGAUGGGACGGGAGUUACCGAGGGUUCUCUGAACAGUCUCUGCUGCAACCACUGUUUUGUACAGAAGCACGGUCGUGAAAAGCUUGGUGCUGAACUGGCGAGAUGGUUCGCGCACCUCAUCGACAUUGAGCUGGUCAACGCGGGGAGCAAUCUUCUCAGUGGCUUCAGAGGUCUCCAGGACUCCUCGCUCCACGCCGAAAGAUCCAUCAAGAACAGGAUCAAGGCGCUUCUCUGGGACAUGAAGCAUCUCUUCGAUAAACGGUCUGACCUUAGCGCGACUGAUGUGGCGUUGUUGAGACAGCGAAGGGCGCUGUGGAUUGCCGCUGGGGAUUUAUCCCCUAGCUGGAAACGCCCGAACAAGUGGCAUGUUGAGUGGGUGAGGUAUUAUGAUGAGAGCGAGGUAAUGUGGUAUUGGCUUAAGGCUUGUAAGGAAGAGGUCCAGGAGGAGGGGAUAGGCAGUAGACUCGUUGAGUGGGCGUUGGGGCGGGAUGAAGCUGCUGCGUCGGGAGUAUCGAAGAAUCUGAUUGUGUAG